AUGGAAACCACGGCGAAAACAAUUAAAAAGGAUACUCAAGAUGGGCCGCCAAAGGAAGUCAAAUUGCCUAUCAGUGAGGCACUUCUAGACUAUCACUGUCAAAUAAAGGAAAAUGCAGUAGAACGAUUUAUGGCUCGAAGAAAGAAAUUUAGAGAAAAGAAUCCAAAGUAUCAUGAAAGAAAUAAACACUUAAAGGAUGAACAAAUUUGGCACAUACGGAAACUUCUAAAGGAACUGAGUGAAGAGAAGUCAGAGGGAUCCGUAGUUGUAACAAGAGAGGAAGUUGAAAACGCAAUGAAGGAAACAUGGAAGUUUGAAAGAGACCAGGGACAAAACUUGAAAGAUAUGCGCAUCCAAAUAAGUAAUUCUGAGAAGCUAUUUCUUGAGAAACUCAGUGAGAAAGAAUAUUGGGAGGAAUACAAGAAUGUAGGGAGUGAACAACAUGCUAACCUCAUUACCUCCUUACAGAACGACAUCAACAGAGUUAAGGAGAAUGCCAAAAAAAUGUCAGAACAGUAUAAAAUCACCCUGGAAGAUGAUAGAAAGAAAAUAAUCAAAGAAACUUUGUUGCAGCAGGACCAAAAGAAGGAAUGGGCCACAGAGAAUUCUCUAAGGUUCAUUGACAAAGGCAGCUAUCGAGAGAUCUGGGAGAAUGACUGGCUCAAUAAAGAGAUUGCAAAUAGCAGGAAGGAAGUGGAAGAACUGGAAAAAGGUAUUCAUGAGCUGGAAGAAGAAAAUUUGGUGCUUAUUGAUCAGCUAUUCAACUGCAGACUUGUGGAUCUCAAGAUACCCAGGCGACUGUAUCUUACCCAAGCUGUCGGGCAGGAAGUACCACCUGAAGUGCCUUUGGAAUUGUCAGAAACACAUAAAGAAAAGUCAGAAUCACAACCUACAGACAUAAAAAGCAGAGACAUAUCGAGCAUCUCAUUUGGGAGCAGUGGUUUUCGUCUUAGUUACAAGGACAGCAGAUUGGGCCAGCUUCUGGAGAUAGAUGAAAAAGAGAGCUCAAGAAUAGAGUUUGGGGCCUCUGAUAUGAAAUACUUACUGUAUGAGGAUGAGCAGGAUUUCAAGGAUUAUGUAAACCUGGGCCCCCUGGAAGUGAAGCUCAUGACUGUGGAGAGCAAGAAAAUGCCCAUCCACUUCCAAGAGAAGGAAACUCCAGUCAAAUUCUAUGAGGAUGUCAGGAGUCCAGAAAGCCACAUCACGUAUAAAAUGAUGAAGUCUUUUCUCUAA